AAAUCUUCCACUGUAGUUUGUUUUGUCUGGUAACCCCACAAUCGAAUUCGAUGACAAAUUUCAUCACAAAUCUUUAUUGACUGAUGUAUUUUGUGAAGUGAUAGCAUUUAUUUAGCAUAAUUGCAUUGUAAUAGAAGUAAUUCACUGUGCAGUUAUACGAUAAAGCAGAAUCAUGGCUAACGACGAAGCUAUUUUGAAACAAUACCUAUCCAAGUACCAGCAUCGCGAUUACACAGCUCGUGAGGUAAUUAAUUUGAUACAAGCACACAGAAGUCUCACUUAUCGUUUGGAGGCCUUUGUUUUCAACAAUGGAACUAGGAAGGAUCUGCUCAACUUAGAAGGGACUGUUCCAGUACACUACAAAGGUGCCUAUUACAACAUACCAGUAUGUAUUUGGCUAAUGGAUACCCAUCCAACUAAUGUACCUCUGUGUUUCGUUAAACCAACGCCCGAUAUGUCUAUCAAGGUCUCCAAAUACGUGGACAGCAACGGGAAGGUCUAUCUGCCAUUUUUACAUGAAUGGAACCCACAGAAAUCAACUUUAUUGAAUCUUGUUCAAGCCAUGAUAGCUGCUUUUGGAGAGUUGCCGCCAGUAUACUCGAAGCCGCGCAGUGAGGUAGCCAGGCCUCCAUAUCCGGUCAAUUCGUUCAUGCCUCAGCCCUAUCCAGGUGCUGGCUAUCCUCAAGUCACACCACAGACAGGCUAUCCACAACCAACACCAUAUCCAACUACAUCCAAUGUGCCUUAUCCUGGAUAUGGCUCUCCAUAUCCUGGUGCUGGUCCAGCUGCUACUAAUGGUGUGCCAUAUCCUCCAUUGCCAGGGAGCACCCCCUACCCCCCACAACAGGCUGCCUAUCAGACUGGACCAGAGAACAACAGUGGAACAAUAACAGAAGAACACAUAAAAGCAUCCUUACUAUCUGCUGUUGAAGAUAAAUUGAGGAGAAGACUCAAAGAGCAAUCCCAGCAGUCACAAGCGGAGCUGGAGACACUGAGGCGGACUCAACAGGAGCUUCAAGAAGGAAAAUCAAGGCUUGAGGAUAUCUUAAGUAGACUGCAGAGGGAACGCUCGGAACUGGACAAGAAUGUAGUUAUUUUACAAGAGAAAGAGAAAGAGCUACAGGCAGCUGUUGAGAGAUUAGCAGAACAAGAAGGAGUAGAUGUGGAUGAGGCAGUGGUGACCACCGCUCCUUUAUAUAAUCAGCUCUUGAAUGCUUUUGCUGAAGAAGCAACCUUAGAAGAUGCUAUGUACUACAUGGGAGAAGCAUUACGUAAGGAAGUCAUUGACUUGGACACUUAUCUGAAGCAGGUGCGGGCUCUGGCCAGGCGUCAGUUCACUCUGAGAGCUCUAAUGCACAAGUGCAGACAAAAAGCCCAACUGGCUUGUUAAUGAAUUGGCUUGGAAUUGUUGUGAUUUCUUUAUGAAAACCUUCAAUACUCUGGUCAAAAUGCAUUCUCAAAUAUUGAGGUCAAAAUUUAUAUGUAAAUUAUAUCUGAGAAAACUGUUAGUUUCUAUAGGGGUGCAUGAACUUUAUAAAUGGUUGUUUUGAUUGUUUAAAGAGACUGCUUUUUUAAUUUGCAAUCAUAGUUUCUUUAAUCUGUGGCCACAACCAACAUUUGUGAAAAAACCACAAAGAAUGAUCUUAGUUUGUAAAUUAAAAGGAAAAAACCUUGAACAUGUAUCUAUUUAAUGUUUUGCUAUUACUCAGGCCUUAUCUAUGUGGCAUAAAUAAAAUGUGAGUAAAUGGCACAUUUAAAUAUAUUACUAUAAUAUAUUAUUUAACUGAUAUGAACUAUCAACAUUAAUUUACUGAGACAAAAUUAUUUUUGAUUUUAUAUACAAAUACAAUUGGGAAAAUCAGUGUACAUACAGCAUCGAUACUUAGGUUUUACACUUUCCCGUUUGCAUUAUCAAUAAAUAACAUUAAUGAUUUACCAUUUUUGCCACUGAAAUAAGAGAAAAUUAUAUCUAGCCUAUUAUUACCUAGCUUUUUUAUAUUAGUUAAAAUAUAUAACCAAUAUGCUUUCACUUACUUUAGACUUUCGAACAAUACCUUAUUUGUAUAUAGUAUAAGGUGAUAGCAGACCAAGAUAUUUAAACAGUGCAAGCAUGCAUCAUUUCCUCAGUAUGUAGUCAGGACUCUAAAUGGUGACUCAAUUUUCUCCCGAGGCAGCUCACCCUGUAUGUUAUAUAAAGUAAUGUUUGGACAACCACAAAUCAAAAAAUUGCUAAACCAAGGAAGUUUUAAGUGUUUUAACCAUAUAACCUUUGAAACUUAUACAAUUCUCCUAUUUAUUUUUGAAAUAGAUGAGUAAUGACAAUCUUAACCUAUUGAAAUCUCUUACGUAAUCAUAUUUAUUUGUGUGAUAUGCUUUUAUCAAGUAGGAUUCCGACUAAGUUCUCCAAUUGUCAUGGGACCUUGCAUAUUUGCUACUAGACCACCUAACUAUAAAUAUAGUUGUGUGGUUCUUAGCUAUUCUCCUAUUGGCUAAAAAUUAGGAAAUUAAUGUUAUCAAUUUUGCAGUAAGUAAAUUACUCAAUGUCAAUAAGCUCAAUCUAAUACAGUACAAUCUAAUAAGAAUCUACUUAUAAAUAUGAUCUUUUAAUAUGAAAAUCCUACAGAUCGCAUGUGCAUUUGAGCAUCCAUUUUUCUUCUACGUUCAGUUCCCGGGUAUGUCCUUAAACUACGUCCAAAAGAGAGGUAUGGGCAAUGUGAAUGUCAUCUCGCCUUGUGUGGUAGGGCACAGCACAGCAGAUGUCAUUCCAGAUCUAGAGCAGAGCCCAACUGGGGAAGUACCUCCACCUUACAGAAAACCGCAGCCAAAUAACACUUGACCCUACUCAUAGUGUUGUGUUCCUGCCGGUGAGUAAGGUUGCCAGAGCUCAACGAGGGGGUGGGGUUAGGGUUGGCAACGCGCAUGUAACUCAUCCGGAGUUGCAGGUGUACAUAGGCUACGGAGACUGCUUACCAUCAGGCAGGCCGUAUGCUUGUUUGCUACCGACGUAGUAUAAAAAAAAAAAAAGUUCAAUCUAUGGGUCCCUUAUUUUAAUGGUACAUACCUGAUACAGUAAACUAUUAGGUUUAGCGACUUUAGCGUAAUGAAGAUAAGAGCUGUUCAUACCACAAUACGUUUUUAGGUACAGUUGCCAUCAGAUUCAUCGUAGCAGCCAAGGUGCUUGCAUAAAUCUGAACACACUUCUGUUAUCAGAGCAUUAGACGUGUUCCGAUAUUUUUAAGCCAUCGCCUCUAUUGCCAAGGCGUUAGAGUGCGUGUUCAGAUAUUUGUGAGCAUCUCUGCCGCUGCGAUAUAUCUAAUGGUGACUGAGGGCCUACCGCGAACCACGUUCGACGUGUUGCCUCCCUGUCACACUUAGCUACGAAUUUACAAGUGCAAUAGAGAAGCAAAACGUGGUUCGCGGCAGGCCCUCUGUACUGCCAUCUUACAUUUAUCAGCGACUUCCACAUUUUAGCAUAGAAUCUCUACCGGCACUUGAAAACUUUAACUUUAGGUGAAUACAAUGUUAGUUUAAUGUAUUGAGUGCCAUUUUACAGUAAAAAUAAACCUAUCAUGAUAUGAUUACAAGGAGGAUUUUAUCAAUUUUAUUAUGUAAACUAGUAGUGGAUCACGAUUUCCUUGUUUUGUGUCCGAUCUGCCAGGAGACUACCGUGUCACAUGUUGUUAGUAGCAAUGUUGUACCACAUUACAAUAAGUAUGCUUAGUAGAUGUACCAUAAAAUUAAAUGUUUGGCGAAUUUAAAUGCUCCAACACCACGAUUGUAAAAAGUUAAUAUUAUGCUUUUGUUGACGUAUUAUAAACAAUCAUAUUUAUUGAAUAAUUUAUUUAAGUAGUCUAGUUGUUACGCGACGUGACAUGUGAAAUGGGCUAAGGUGUAUUCGAAAAUAGUUAAUUUGAAAAUAAUGGAACUAGGAGUGUUUUUAGUAAUUACCGGAUUUUCAGAACUAUUCGAAGGUACACCUUGUGUUAAGUAAUUUUGAUGGAAUAUAUGAAAUUAAUUUUUAAUAAGCAAAAAUGUUUGCGUACGAUCCUAUUCUCUAAGCUUAGAAUAAAUUUAAAAGUAGAAAAAAUUACUGUCUUGGGUGAGACUUGAACUCACGGCCUCUGGAAAAUAUGAAAUCAGAUAAAUCUGGACUUAAUCUUUUUGGCCUCAGCGCUUAUAAUUAGACCAUGUACCUACAGUCAAAAGAUUUAAUUUGUGACCCAUUUCGUACCUUGUUACAAGUAACAAACAAUAUGAAAGUAGAGUAGAGACCUCAUACUAUUGUCAUGGGUCGUCGUAUAUCGUCAUUGAAAUGGGUCACAAAUUAAAUCUUUUGACUGUACUAUCUAACUUUGAAAGUUGGGUAGGCAUAUUAGGGGUAACAUGAAGACUUGAGUAUUUUCUACAACAUAUUUAAAACUGGGCCUAUCGUGAAUUUAUUUUGUUAAGUACCUUCGUUUUUGACGUUUCGACGCAGGUUUCACGGAUAACAGUUAUCCUAACCGUCGAAACGUCGGAAAUAAAGGUAACAAAAUAAAUUCGCGAUAGACCGGGUUUUAAAUGUGUUCAAAACGCGAAAGUUUUAAUUUUAUAUUUUCGUUGUAUAAAUGUAGCAUUUUCACAUGUUUAGGAACACAAGUUAUUGUUGUCUCAUGCACUUUUUACUUUGACUGGAUUUUAAUAUAAAUGUAAAGUCAAACAUUUGUGCAACCUAUCACAGGUAAAAUAGAGAUAGACCACAAAAAAAAAAAAAAAAUAGCGCUAUUUUUUUUUUUGUGGUCGUUACGUCACUAGUUACCGCAUAAUCUUAUAAGCCGUAAGGGGCCCGGACGGCAUCGGCCUGUCGGUUGUUCGGAACUGUCAACUUUUUGUUCUGACAGGCCGAUACCGUCCGGCGGACUGUUAAUCAGUGGGCCCCUUUACAGCCCCAUCUGUAUCAGUUGUUAAAUUCGUAGCAUGAAUUUGUUAUAUCUUGUACAAUCAAUGAAUCUUUGGCCAUGGUUAAAUUAUUUAUUUUCAGGCAACUAAGACCCAAAAAAAAGUUAAAAUUUUUUGCACUGCACGUUAUUCGUUGUUUCGCAGAAGCGAGUAUAUUUUUGAUUUAUUUUUAGUUUAUGAGGAUUUGUUCCUUUGUACAGUUAUACAUAUUAUAAUAUACAUAUAACUAGCCAUGGUAAGGUCUCAAGAGGUUUACUGUUAAUGAUUUUUGUAUGUCGAUUAAUGUAAGUUUUGCAUUGCCUAGGAUGUUUAGCCGAUGGGCUGCAACUGUCACAAUAAAUAUUAAAAUUAUAUUCGAAAAA